UUCUUCUCUUCUUUGUCGCGUGUGUUGAAAAAGUGUAUCUCAAGGAUCGUGUAAAUUGGCAAUUUCAACCCAGACGACAAUUUCGUCGCGGCUAUUCGAUUGUAAAUUGUCGUGAAACCUCAACAACGUGGAGCACGUGGUAAAAUGCACGACACGAGAUUCGCGAUAACGCGGAUGCGAUCCGCGAUAAUCGGAUCGCUGCUGCUGUUGGUAGCGGCAUAUUGCAACGGGCUGCAAUAUCAACCUUUUGACUCUUACGCAAACGGAGAGGAGUGCGCCUUGAUCCUGGACGCUCGCGGUAGAACCAGCGUUUACGACUACACCUAUAAUUUACUUCGCGGGUCGUUCCCCACCACGGGAGGAGCUCAAACCUGUAUCACAUACGAUGCCGUAAAUCAUGCUUACGUCGAGGCGAGGAAGCGCAUUAACGUUGCGAGACCGAAGUCAGAGAUAUGGCGACCGGAGGACCUGGCGACGGUCGGCGAGCUGCUGCUUGACAUUAGCACGAAUCUCGCGCAAACAUACGGACUGACUUACGAAGAGAUAGAAAAAAGUCUACCACUGAUCGACACCUCGAAGACUCUGAUCCGCGAGGUUUGUCCCGCCUUCCUCAGCAAUGUGGAAUGCAGGCCGGGCAAGUAUCGGCGAUACGAUGGUCUUUGCACGAAUUUGCAGAAUCCCACAUGGGGGGCUACCUUGUCGCCUUUCGCGAGAUUGAUGAGUCCGCAAUUCGCGGACGGUAUAUCAGCGCCAAGAAUAUCCGUAACGGGCCAUAAUCUACCAUUGUCCCGAGUCGUGUCGCGCACCAUGCAUUCGGACGAGGGUUAUCACGAUCAUGCCGGUACUGUUAUGGUUAUCGCGUGGGGACAAUUCAUGGACCACGAUUACACCUUAACCGGCACGCCUCUUGAUCCCUUGAACCGAAACGACCCGGAAGAAUGCUGCGGCCGGCCGCCACACCUGAAAAAUCCUUAUUGCAAUGAGAUUCUCAUACCGGAGGAUGACUAUUUCUACAGACUGUUCAACGUGCAUUGCAUGGACUUCGUUCGCGCUUUUCCUGCCGUUCGAUCUGGUUGCCGUCUCGGUUCUCGAGUACCUUUCAAUCUUCUUACAGGUGUGCUGGAUGGUAACACUGUUUAUGGCAUCACGGAAGCUUUCGCUAGAAAACUCCGAAUGGGUUAUGGUGGAUUAUUGCGAAUGAAUCCAGUUUUUUCAGAGUAUGGUCUUAAGGAUCUACUGCCGCUAAAAUUGGAUAUACCAGAUGAAGGCUGCACUCGGCCAAACAAAUCAAUGUACUGCUUCGAAGCUGGUGAGAUUCGUGUGAACGAGCAAUUGGUACUUACCUGUAUGCACACCUUAAUGGCACGGGAGCAUAAUCGGCUCGCCAAAGCGUUGGCCGUCGUGAAUCCACAUUGGGACGAUGAAAUUCUCUUCCAGGAAGCCAGACGCAUCGUCAUCGCGGAAAUUCAACACGUCACUUAUAACGAGUUCCUCCCGAUAUUACUCGGCAAAGAUGUCAUGGAGAAAUUCGGACUUCUUCUCGAGAAGGAGAAUUACUGGAACGGAUACGAUGCGAAUAUAAAUCCAGGUGUAAUAGAUGCUUUCGCUGCUGCUGCUUUUAGAUUCGGCCAUUCGCUAUUGCCCACGGCUGUAGAACGAUGGAGUAAAGCUCACAAAUUUAUUGCUUCGAAAAGAUUGUCAGACUUGAUAAGACGACCGUACGAUUUGUAUCGCGCUGGUGUGUUUGACGAGUAUUUCAUGGGUUUGAUGAAUCAAGUUGCUCAGGCUAUGGAUGAUUCCAUAACGCAAGAAGUGACGAAUCAUCUGUUUAAAAAAGCAGGGGCAAAAUUCGGAAUGGAUCUGGUGUCUUUUAAUAUGCAACGUGGUCGUGAGUUUGGUAUUCCAAGUUACAUGGAGUUUAGAAAAUACUGUGGCCUUCCCGAAGCGAACUCCUUUGAGGAAUUAUUCGGUUCCAUGCCAAACGAAACUGUCAGACGAUAUAGCACUAUCUUCGAACAUCCUGCAGACGUGGAUUUAUGGUCGGGCGGCGUAUCCGAAAGACCACUUCCGGGUAGUAUGCUUGGGCCAACCUUCGCCUGCCUGAUUGCCACGCAGUUCAGUCAUUCGCGUCGCGGUGACAGAUUUUGGUACGAGCUGCCAAACCAGCCAUCGUCCUUCACUCUCGAGCAACUGAACGAGAUUCGAAAGACAAAGCUCGCCAGACUGAUCUGCGACAAUACCGAUCUUAUCGAUACGAUACAAAUCUAUCCGAUGGUCCUUCCCGAUCACGAAAUAAAUCCUCGAGUCCCGUGUCGAAGCGGUAUUCUACCCAGCAUCGACUUAUCGAAAUGGGCCGAUUACCCGGCGACGAGUCACGCCACACAAUACGACGCCACAAUAAAGAAAUCUGCACAAACUGUAUCAGAUAUUAAACCUAUAUUGCAACGAAUAUAUAUUAAUAAAUUUAAUCAUCAAUCGAAAGAUUCCUCCAUGAGAAAACAUACAACAAACAAUUUAAAAAAUAAAUCAAACAAACUGUGGUGGGCAUAUCCACGUAAUGCUAAAUGGAAAAAAUUUCCGCAAAGCUUAGAAAUGCCUCAAAAAAUAUUGCAGCCGCAAGAAAAAUCUUUAAAUGAAAUUAUGUUAGCAAAAUUCUUUUCGCAAAAUCAAAAUAAAAAUUUGAAUCUCUCACCUGAUAUGGAGAUUGUCAAAAUUACAACGAUUGUUGAGACCAUUCGCCAAAAGCGGCAAACAAAUGCGCAGAUAUCAAAAGCAAUAAAAAAUAUACAGAAAAUAAUCGAAAAGAAACGUUUGAAACGUUCGUCUCACGAAUCGGUGGCAACUACGGAUUCAUGGCAUGAUCGAAAGAAAAAAACUUUCACUUCGAACAAGCGAGUUCGUUAUCCAAAAUCUCGGAAUCAACAAAAGGAGUCUUUGCCAACGAGAAAACGUGCAGUUGAUCUUAAAGUAGCGAGUAACAUUGCGAUACCGAGUACUGUAUUUUAUAAGCGAAUUUGGGAAUACAUUAACGGUACUCGUCCUCAUUCCGAUAUUAUCGGCGACUACAGUUCAUUGAAAAAUAAUUCUGAAAAGAAUAAUUCAACAUGCACUGACAAAGAUCGGAUUAUGGUUUCGCAAUCGGAGAAGCACAAGUUACAAAUGAUAAGUCCUGAUAUUAAACCGGAACGAGACUUUUAUAAACGUAUCUGGGAUAUAAUCAAUGCGACUCAAUUGACAUAUGGAAGCACAAAAGCUCGUUCUAAACGAAAUGUCAAUAUUCCGAAAAGUAAUACUUCGACUCAAUUAUGCUUGCAAGAAAGGAAAGCCGAUUAUACAGAGAACAAGCCGCAAGUGAUAAAUGAUAAAGUGACUCUCGAUACCGCGGAGACGAUAAAGUCGCGAGAAAUAUAUGAUCCUUAUAUAUCAGGCUUUCGGACCUUUACGAAUAAAACUCAAUGGCAACCUAAGACUACAAAUCCUAUAGUGAACACGAUAAAAUUAAAUAAUGAUCUGAUCUCGUCGCUGCACAUAAAUACUGCAAGCGCUUCCGAAGUGGCUGAUUUGAAUAAAUUUCCUGAUAAUGUCGAAACUAACGUCGAUUAUUUGUCUUCCGAUAAUUCAACGGAAUAUGAAAAGCGGAACAGAUCACAAAAAAUUAUUACUGAGACAAGAUCGCCGUAUUCUUCUCAAGAACAAGAAAAUUCUACCAUUUUGUUAUCUUCGCCACUCGAGCAUACGAUUGAUAAUAUUCCGGAAAAAGAAGCUCAAACGAAAUAUAUAGAUAAUUAUUCAAUCAAUACGACUCCGAUUUAUGAUCCUUUAAAUAUACCUUACGUAGAGGUACCAGAUUAUGUCGAUCAACAAGAGGACAAUUUAGAUAAAGAUAAUCAGAACUCAACUACAGUAAAGUAUAAGGAAUAUGAUAGCAAAUAUGUUGAUUUUGAAAAAUACUAUAAUCCCGAUGAAGAAUUUUCAUCGAAGUCUCCAAACUCUGAGAUUAAAGUAUUACAGAAUAUUCAAACCGGAAAUAACGUGCCGGAGAUUUUAUUGAAUGUAAAUAUCUCGCAUUCAGGUUGUAUAGAAGAUAAAGAUUCUAUCGAUUGUAUUGAUAAAUAUGAUGUUAAAGAUACCAAAUUACGCAAUAAUAAUACAGAAAUAAGCGACAACGUUGAAACAUCUAAAGAAGAUUCAGUAGAAUCCAACGAUCGUGAAAACUCUCCCACAGAUUUCGUUGACUUUGAUAUAAAUGAAUAUAGAAAACCGUUCAAUUUGGAUGACUUUAUUAAAAACGAUUCUAUAUUUGAAAGUAAACGAACUGAUCAUAGCAAGGAAAACACGAAAUACGACGGUAAGAAAAAUCCUGCAGAUCGUAGCGAGGAAUCUGAAGAGUUCGAAAUAUACGCCACGGUUCCAAAAGAAGAAUCGUACAAUUAUUUCGGAAAAAACGGAGAUUAUGACGAUGGAAUCAUUUUUGACGAUAGAGAUGAGGCGAAAAAGAAUACCCACUCUUCCGCGAAAGAAAAAGCGGAGGACAGUGACGUAACCAACGAGGAUCACUAUCAUAAUGACGAUAAAGAUUUCCUUAGAUAUAUUUUCGGAGAGAACAACGAUAAAGAAUCAUCCGAAUCAGUCGAGACGGAGGACAAAUUUUUGUCUCGCUACUUUACAAAGGAUGUUUUGGAUCAAUUGCGAGAUAAUUCAACAGCCGAAGAAGAGAGACAAAAAGAAGAAUCAAGGAAUAAAGAAGAAAUAUAUAAAACAUUGUCAAAAAUUUUGGACAAGAAGGAUCGUUUCUCUAGAUUAGAUGACAAUCUCGACAAAAUGAUUGAAGAAGGUAAAACAAUUCCAAUCAGAUAUAAAAAUUUUUGGAGCUUAGAAUAUGAAUCGCCUCGUAAGAAAGAUGAGGCCAGUGAAGAAACAGAAAUUUAAAAAAUAUAAAUUACGUUAAAUUAUAUUAUCAUGUUAUAUUAUGUUAAACUUAUAUGUUUAUUAUUACAUGUUCAUGUUUUUAUGUUAGAUAUUAUUAUGUUAGAUAAUUGGAUCAAGUAGUAUAUAAUAAUAUCUAUUUU